GUUCUCCCCAAACCCGCCUGGACGAGGACAUGCCCGACCUAACUCCUCUGGGACAUCGACGUCCUCUUCGGCUCGCUGGGCUCCUUCCUGGACCCCGCCUGCGAGCUGGCCGCCCUCGGCGGGCUCGUGGAGCUCAACCCGCCUUUCGUGCCGAGCGUCGUGGUGCAGAUGGUGGACGCGGUGCUGGCCGCGCUGGCUAGGGCGCAAGCGGCUGGCACCGAGCUCGCCUUCGUCGUGGUGCUCCCCGGCUCCACGGCCCAGGAGGCGCGCGCCGCGGGCAAGAGCGCCGCGCGCUCCGCCGAGGCGUUGGACCAGCUGCUGGAGUCGCCGUUCCUGCAGGCGGCGACCCCGAAGCAUGUGUGGCCGUUCAGGUACGGGUUGGCCUUCAAGACGGACGCGCCCUGGCCCCCGCUCCAGGCCAGCGCGCGGCUGGUGGUGCUGCAGUCCCUCCCGGCGCGGCCCCGCGCGGGCCCCGCGGAGCCCGGGCUGCUCCGCAGCGCGCUGCGCGCGUGGGGCGGCGGCGGCGCGGGCGAGGCGGACGCGUAAGUCGGGCGUGUCCCUCCACGGGAGGAAGAGAUCGGGAGCUGGAACAUAAUACAUGACCAGUGGCGGGGUGGCGUUUCAAUCCCAGGACUUUUUUUGAGGGUCGGGGACGACGUCGGGGUGGUGUGGUGGUGUGUUGUUUCCCCGUUUUCCCGUGGAAACAACGAAAAGUGUAUGCACC